CACUUAUUAAAUUCUUCUUUUUUUAACUUCUUCUUCUUCUUUACUUCAUCUCCUCACCCUUGUAUCUAUAUCUCUUUCCUUCGCUGCACAUUCUGAUAAAGCUCCUAGUCUACACUCCAACUCUUUUAUCUUACCCGUCCCUCUGUUCAUCAGGUUCUCAGUACUCCUUUGCUCUUUAUUACUGCUACUACUUGUCCCCCUCUCCUUUUAACCUUAAUUUCUUUUCUAGAUUCUCUGUACAAAGCCAUGGAAAUUGACCAGUUAAAGUCUGCAACGGAAGAUCAGAUGGAGAUGAUGAUGGACAAGCUCCCCGAGUUUUACGGCACCUAUAACGACGUGGCUGAAUUGCCUUCAACUGAAGCUGACACAACUAGUGGCACUACCAUUGGUUCCAUAACGACUCAUUUCAUUGAUAACCCACAAGUUGCUUCACCUACACCUUCUCUUAUGAACCAACCCUCCACCAUCUCAUUUACUGGCACCAAUUCAGUUCAAGAGCCAAGUUUUUUAUCUCAUUCAACAAAUGAAAGAUUUUGGAGAGGUGGUGUGGAUUUAUCAGGUGUAGAUUCUUAUUCUACACCAUCACAUAAGCGGAACAUGUCGAUGGCAGCGAUGAGGGAAACCAUAUUUCGAAUUGCAGCGAUGCAGCCGAUUCAUAUAGACCCAGAAUCUGUGAAGCCACCAAAGAGAAGGAACGUUAAGAUAUCGAAGGACCCUCAAAGCGUUGCAGCAAGGCAUAGAAGAGAGAAGAUAAGUGAGAGAAUAAGAAUACUUCAAAGACUUGUCCCUGGAGGAACAAAAAUGGAUACUGCUUCAAUGUUAGACGAAGCAAUUCACUAUGUCAAGUUUUUGAAGACUCAAGUGCAAUCACUGGAGAGAGCUGCAGCUAAUAGACCAACCGGAAUUGGGUUCCCUGCACCACUGUCGUCAAACGGCUGUUAUCUUUCAAUGGGAAAAUCAUACAACAGUCUGCAUUUUGGAGAUGCUUAGUUAACUUAAGAAACUAGUUAGCCAGCUAGCUCAGGCAUAAAUAUUGUUCUAGUACUGAUCCGUGUUGCUUCAAAGGGAUUAUAAAAAAUCUUGCAUGGCUUUUUGUUCAA